AUGGCAGCAAUCAGGACGCUUGUCAACGUCUUCGGGCUGCUGCUCGGGAGCCAGGUUGUCUUCGUCGCCAAUGGUAUGGCAACAGAGCAGGCAUUGCAGACGCUGGGUCUAUCCCUGGCUGCAAGAUCAUUGCUCCGACUGGAUGACUCAUGCAAGCUUCCUGAGCAGGAGCUUGUCUUCGUGGUCAAUAAAAACACCCUUCGUUACGAAGGCUCUGCCUUAGAAAAGAUACUGGAGCAGAAGUUUGACGACCCUGGCCGGCAGGAGUUGCGAGAUACUGUCCGAAGUUGCUUCCCUGACCGAAGCUUCUUCACUGUCCCGCUCCUGGGUAUGCCAGCGUUUGAUGAAUCUGUGCGUGCCUUGAGAUCGCACCUGGUGACUCGAAGAAAACCAUUGGAAAUGGGUGGCGUGUUCGUGGGUGGCAGGCAUCUCGCCGGAGUGAUGGAGCUCGUGGUAGCAGAGGUGAAGAAGUCCCAGCAAGUUAAUGUUCCGUCAAUGAACCGGUAUGUGAUCUACGAAGGCUUCCUGAUGCCGCUGGUUCAGGAUCUGACAGACUUUGCUCAAUCACAGCUGCCAGAGCUGUCCGAUUACGACCCGGCCUUGGAAGACAGGAGCUGCAAAGACCCCCUGUGA